AUGACAGCUGUCGAAACCCAAAUAACAUACAGCAACUCCUUCACGAUCCACCAUGAAGACGCGUACAUGACCCAGGAGGAGGACUGGGACAGGGAUCUGCUGCUGGACCCCGCCUGGGAGAAGCAGCAGCGGAAGACCUUCACAGCUUGGUGUAACUCCCACUUGAGGAAGGCCGGGACACAGAUUGAGAACAUUGAAGAGGAUUUCAGAAAUGGCCUCAAACUCAUGCUGCUGCUCGAGGUCAUAUCAGGCGAGAGGCUGCCCAAACCCGACAAAGGCAAGAUGCGUUUCCACAAGAUCGCCAACGUUAACAAAGCUUUGGACUUCAUCUGCAGCAAGGGGGUCAAGCUGGUGUCUAUUGGUGCUGAGGAAAUCGUCGACGGUAACGUGAAGAUGACUCUCGGUAUGAUCUGGACCAUCAUCCUGCGUUUCGCCAUCCAGGACAUCUCAGUGGAAGAGACCUCUGCUAAGGAGGGUCUGCUGCUGUGGUGCCAGAGGAAGACCGCCCCCUACAGGAACGUCAAUGUACAGAACUUCCACAUUAGUUGGAAGGAUGGCCUGGCCCUGUGUGCCCUCAUCCACAGACACAGACCCGACCUCAUUGACUACUCCAAACUGAGAAAGGACGACCCCAUCGGUAACCUGAACACCGCCUUCGAGGUGGCUGAGAAGUACCUGGACAUCCCUAAGAUGCUUGACGCUGAAGAUAUCGUGAACACACCCAAACCUGAUGAGAAGGCCAUCAUGACCUAUGUAUCCUGCUUCUACCACGCCUUUGCCGGUGCUGAACAGGCUGAGACAGCUGCCAACCGUAUCUGCAAGGUGCUGGCCGUCAACCAGGAGAAUGAGAAACUGAUGGAGGAGUACGAGAAGCUGGCCAGCGAGCUUCUCGAGUGGAUCCGCCGCACCAUCCCCUGGCUGGAGAACCGCGCGGCGGAGCAGACCAUGCGCGCCAUGCAGCAGAAGUUGGAGGAUUUCCGUGACUACCGUCGCGUCCACAAGCCGCCCCGCGUGCAGGAGAAAUGCCAGCUGGAGAUCAACUUCAACACCCUGCAGACCAAGCUGAGGCUCAGCAACAGGCCCGCCUUCAUGCCCUCUGAGGGCAAGAUGGUGUCGGAUAUUGCAAAUGCCUGGAAGGGCCUGGAGCAGGUGGAGAAGGGCUACGAGGACUGGCUGCUGACAGAGAUCCGCCGCCUGGAGAGACUCGACCACCUGGCCGAGAAGUUCAAGCAGAAGUGCGGCAUGCAUGAGACCUGGACUGCAGGUAAGGAGGACCUGCUGUCCCAGAAGGACUAUGAGUCGGCCUCUCUGAUGGAGAUCAGAGCCCUGAUGAGGAAGCACGAGGCCUUCGAGAGCGACCUCGCCGCACACCAGGACAGAGUGGAGCAGAUUGCUGCCAUCGCCCAGGAGCUGAAUGAGCUGGACUACCAUGAUGCUGCUACAGUCAACACCCGCUGCCAGGGUAUCUGUGACCAGUGGGACAAUCUGGGCACCCUCACCCAGAAGAGGAGGGACGCACUGGAGCGUGUGGAGAAGCUGUGGGAGACCAUUGACCAGUUGUACCUGGAGUUCGCCAAGAGGGCGGCGCCCUUCAACAACUGGAUGGAUGGAGCCAUGGAGGACCUGCAGGAUAUGUUCAUUGUCCACAGCAUUGAAGAGAUCCAGAGUCUCAUCACAGCUCAUGACCAGUUCAAGGCCACUCUGCCCGAGGCCGACAAGGAGCGCAUGGCCACUUUGGGCAUCCACAACGAGAUCCUGAAGAUUGCCCAGACCUACGGCAUCAAGCUGUCCGGAAUCAACCCGUAUACCAACCUCAGCCCCCAGGACAUCAGCACUAAGUGGGACACUGUGAAGCACCUCGUGCCCCUCAGAGACCAAAUGCUUCAGGAGGAGGUGGCCAGGCAGCAGGCCAACGAGAGACUGAGGCGCCAGUUUGCCGCCCAGGCCAACAUCAUUGGACCCUGGAUUCAAACCAAGAUGGAGGAGAUCAGCCACGUGUCUGUGGACAUCGCCGGCUCCCUGGAGGAACAGAUGAACAGCCUGAAGCAGUACGAGCAGAACAUCAUCAACUACAAAUCCAACAUCGACAAGCUGGAGGGAGACCACCAGCUCAUCCAGGAGUCCCUCAUCUUCGACAACAAGCACACCAACUACACCAUGGAGCACGUCCGUGUGGGCUGGGAGCAGCUGCUCACCACUAUCGCCAGAACCAUCAACGAGGUCGAGAACCAGAUCCUGACCCGCGAUGCCAAGGGCAUCAGCCAGGAACAGCUCAACGAGUUCAGGGCCUCCUUCAACCACUUCGACAGGAAGAGAAACGGCAUGAUGGACCCAGACGACUUCCGUGCUUGUCUCAUCUCCAUGGGUUACGAUCUGGGUGAGGUGGAGUUUGCACGCAUCAUGACCCUGGUGGACCCAAACAACACGGGCGUUGUGACCUUCCAGGCCUUCAUCGACUUCAUGACCCGCGAGACCGCUGAAACCGACACUGCAGAACAGGUCAUGGCCUCCUUCAAGAUUCUGGCUUCAGACAAGAAUUACAUCACAGUGGAGGAGCUGCGCAGGGAGCUGCCUCCCGAGCAGGCAGAGUACUGCAUCAGCCGCAUGACCAGGUACGUUGGACCCGACAGCCCCACCGGCGCCCUGGACUACAUCUCCUUCUCCAGUGCCCUCUACGGAGAGAGCGACUUAUAAGCGCAGCUGCUUCUCUUCACCUCCUCCUCACCCCUUCUUCCCAGCUUCUCUUAUUUCUCCUGUAUGGAGAGAGUGGUUUUAAACCCUUCCACUGUCCCUUUAAAUACUUUAUCAUUUCCCCCCCCUCUCAAAUCUUAACUUUAUUUCCCCCUCAUCUUAGUCCUCCCAUCCAUCUUUUCAUGUCCAGGAACUCUGCUGAGAGAGGGGAAGAGAAGAAGACUUUGCUCAAAUCUUAGAAACUAUGUUUGGGCUGCUCGGCUCCUCUCUCAUAUUUAAAGGAAAACCGGCGUACCAGGUAUUGCACUGAACUUAUGUAAGCAGCAUACAUAAUGACAUACCUGCCUUUACAAGGCUUUAAGGAGAAGGCGGCAACGAGAGAGAAAGUUAUUUUUGAGCAAAGCCUUGUGGCUCUUCCCCUCUCCAUCUGAUGACUUUUUUUUUUUUUUUUUUUUUUUUUGGCAGAAGGGUGAUCGA